CCCGUCCGAGUCAUUCCUCCCGUGCCUGCUGUUCACCCAGAUGAGAUGGUCGAUGAAGAGGCCUGCCCACAUGAUUCCCAACUUUCCUUUCCAGCAAAGCCAGGCAUGACUCUUGCAAACUCCUACCAGUUACUGGCUAAGAUUGGCUGGGGAGCACAGUCGACGGUCUGGCUUGCACAAGACAUCACGAGAUAUAGAUGGCAGCCGCAGCAGCUGUUGGCAGUGAAGAUUAUCCAUGCAAGUCCCACCCAUGAUAUCUGCCACGAGCGUGAAAUAGAGAGUGUUAUUGCUACACAAAACAGAUCCCAUAAGGGUUAUGGUCUGAUCCGAACCUGUUCCAGGAGAUUCAAAGUUUCUGGGCCAAAAGACCAUGACCAUGUAUGCAUGAUAUAUGAACCGAUGCGAGAACCUCUCUGGAUUCUUCAGAAG